UUCUCUAACAACUUACAAAAUCACCAACACCCUUAGCUUCUCCUUUCAUUCAGUCACCUUACAAACCAUGAAGCCUCAUCACAGAGAAGAAUAUGCAGAAGACAACGAAGAUGAAGGCGACACAGAAUUCAGUUUCUGGAACCCAUCAAACACCAUGUCCUCUUUCAUGAGCGAUAGCAAAAACAUGAUGAAAGUUGUUGAGUGCUCUCCAUUUCUUCCUCGCAGCCGGCGUUGUAGCCACAUCAUGGACCCUUUAAAGAUCAAAGCUAUUGAAGAAGGAAGGAAGGAGCUUAUGGAGAUGGUUCAAGGCAUGCCGGAUUCUAGCUUCGAACUCUCGUUCCAGGACAUGGUUGUGCAUGAUAAGCAGGUGUUGCAAUCACAGCCGUAUCAAGAUGAAGAGAAUAAACACAAGCAAGUUCGCAGUAGUAGUAGCAGCAGCAGCAAUAGCAGUGGUAAAGCCCAAGCAAAGAAGCCGAAAAAAGCGAAGAAAAGCGAAAGCAUUAAUAGGCCAAAGCAGAUGAUGAGGGUUGAGAGCAUGGACAGUGCUUCCUUCCUCCUUAAGCUCUUCAUUCCAAUUUCUCUUAAGAAGCCCAAAGUUCAGAAUGGCUCCAAGAAUUGGAGUGUUAAAAGUAGCAGCAGCAGUGGUGGAUCCCGAGACAAAAGCAGGUAUUUUGAUCGCAACUUAUCAUUCUCACAAGGUUGCUUCCCAUUCGGUCAUUAUAUUAAAGGCAUAAAAAAGAAAGUGGGAGGAUGAAUCACAAACCAUAGAACAUUUGAAAGGAGGAAGAUUCAGGAGAUGGA